ACGUAACUAACUUUUGUACACAAACAAACCCACCGUGUGUGUGUGUCCAACACAAGCACCUUCUUUGCUUUGCUUUAAGUACAAACACAUUUCACCCACAAACCCUAAUUUCUUACUCUUUCUUCUUCAAUUCAAUUUUCAAUUUUCCCCCAAAUUCAAAUUUCAACAAUUCAAUUUCAUCACAAUUUUCAAAUCCUAGCUUGCGGAAACAAAUUGUAAAACGGCGUUUCAAUUUCAAUAUGGUAGCAGAAGCCGAAAUUCUAUGUCAACAAACCAUUUCUAUGUUGGAUGUAAAGUAUCAUCUUUGCAUUGCAAAAGAACACAACGUUAAGGUUGAGAAUUCACCUACCUCUCCACAACCUUCUCUUCCAAUCUUUGCCCAUGCUGUGAGUUGCUCCGAGAUCAUUAAAGAUUCCAUGUUGGAGACCCCGGCGAAGAUGUUUAUCCCAAAUGUAUGUUCUGGUAGCUAUGCCGAUAUUGGUCCACGGGGAUCUAUGGAUGAUGAACACAUUCAGAUAGAUGAUCUAGCUUGUCACCUUGGAUUUGUGUUCAAGUACGCGAUACCAAGUGCGUUUUAUGCAGUUUUUGAUGGGCAUGGUGGGUCUGAAGCGGCUUCUUUUGUUAAGAGGAAUGCUAUGAAGUUAUUUUUUGAAGAUGCUGAUAUGCUACAAUCAUAUGAUACUGAUGGGUGUUUUUUCGAGAAGCUGGAGGACUCUCAUAGGAGAGCUUUUGUACAGGCAGAUCUUGCGUUGGCACAUGAACAAAGUGUUAGUAGUUCAUGUGGGACUACAGCAAUUACUGCCCUUGUACUUGGAAGACAUUUGCUUGUUGCUAAUGCCGGUGACUGUCGAGCAGUUCUUUGCAGGAGAGGUGCAGCUGUUGAGAUGUCUCAAGAUCACAAACCAAGUUAUUUACCUGAACGAAGGAGAGUGGAGGAGAUAGGCGGCUACAUUGAUGAUGGGUAUCUUAACGGUUAUCUCUCGGUAACUCGUUCCCUCGGGGAUUGGGACUUAAAAUUUCCACUCGGUGCUGCAUCUCCUCUUAUUGCUGAGCCAGAUGUUCAACUGGUUACAUUGACAGAAGAGGAUGAGUUCUUGAUCAUUGCGUGUGAUGGGAUUUGGGAUGUAAUGUCUAGCCAAGUUGCAGUUAGUCUUGUUCGCCGUGGAUUAAGAAGGCACAACGACCCACAUCAAAGUGCCAGAGAUCUAGUCAAGGAAGCACUGCGCCUGAAUACAUCCGAUAAUCUCACUGUGAUAGUUAUAUGUUUGUCACCUGUUGAAAACUUUGCUGAAUCGUGUCCACCUCAAAGGCGAAGAUUCAAAGCUUGCAGUAUUUCUGAAGAGGCUCGUAAUAGAUUGAAGAGCUUGAUAGAGGGAAAUUGACUGUAAAUGCAAUUCUUGUGAUUCAUAAAUGUUAUAAUUAAAAGAUUAAUCUGUUUUUAAGGCUGUUUUAGAGAUAUAGAAUAGAAAAGCAGUCAACAGUUUUGUAGGGAUAGAAGGGUAGUAAAUUUGGUGAGGGUUAGAGAAGGUUUAGAUAUAUUUAAUUGGAGGGGUGUUUUUGGGUUAUGUUGGUAUUUGUAGAGACAGUUGUAGCUAAAUUUUGGCGGAGUAGAUUAAAUCCCUCACCAUUGUGGUUUUGAUUUCAUAUUGUUGAAUCUGUAAAUAUAAAUGAUCUGUGUCC